CAGGGUUGCACUCAAAAGCCACACGCUGAAAAACGCAGUGUGGGCACAUCGCCCUUGAAACCAACAGCAAAAGGCAGUGUGAGGACUGGGGGUUGCAGGCUGGAUUUGGAGAAAAUUAAAACAGAUCAGGGUGGGGUUUCCAUAGGAAGCACGGCUGGUCCACCUCCCGCCGCCGGACACCGCUCCUGGGCUGUGGUGGUGGCAGUCCUUCUGCUCCCCGCCGUGGUGUCCCAGCCCGCGAUGCUCCGCUUCCCGUCCUGGGGUGAUGGCAGGGCUGGGGGCAGCCUCCGGACCUCCGUGCUCUUCUUGCUCCUUUCCAGCUGGUGAGUGGCGUUCGGCAACGGGAGAAGAUGCGGCGGCUUCGUGCAUGCACUGAGGUCCGUUUGGGGAUGCAGAGGCAGCUGGGGAAGCCCAUGCCUGCCAGCCGGAGUGGCGGGGCUGUGGGCAUUGUCAGCGGGCUGCUGCUGCUGGGUCGCUCCGCUCUGCAGCUCCCGGCCUUCUGGUGGUACCUCUUCCUCUCCGCUGACGCUCAGGAGGUGGCCACGUUCACGGUGCAAUACCGGCUGUACGAAGAGGUGCCGGAGGGCACGGUGAUAGGGACAUUGGCUGAGCACUUCGAGUGGGGUGAGAGCGGCGAAACGGAGGAAAGCUUCCGUCUGCUGCAGAGCCCCAGGGGGUUCCCACUGCGCGUGGGGAGCGGGGACGGCGAGCUGAGCACGGCUGGGCGGGUGGACAGAGAGCAGCUGUGCCGGCACGGUAAUCCCUGCUGGGUCUCCUUCGAUGUGCUGGCCGCCCGGCAGCUGGCUCUGAUCCAUGUGGAGGUCCAAGUGCUGGACAUCAAUGACAACGCGCCCCGCUUCCCCACACCCAAGCUGGAGCUGGAGAUGUCGGAGAGUGCAUCGCUGCGGACGCGCAUCCCGCUGGACCGAGCCUUGGAUGCUGAUGCUGGCCCCAACGCACACUGCUCCUACACGCUGUCCCCCAGCGAGCACUUUGCGCUGGAUGUUGUCUCCAGCUCCGAUGGCACAAAGCACGCCGAGCUCGUCGUGGUUAAAGAGGUGGACCGGGAGCUGCACUCCUCCUUCGACCUUGUGCUGACGGCUGCUGACCAUGGGGAGCCACCGCAGUCGGGUACUGCUUUAAUUAAAGUCAUCGUCCUCGACUCCAAUGAUAACAGCCCCGUGUUCGCAGAGAGCUCUUUGGUUGUUGAGGUUCGGGAGGAUGCUCCUCCUGGGACCCUCCUGGUGAUGGUCACAGCCACUGACCCUGACCAGGGUCCCAACGGGGAGAUCGAGUACAGCCUCAGCAAGCACGCGCCCCUGGAGGUGCUGAGCGCCUUCGGCAUUGACGCCCGCACGGGCAGCGUGGUCCUGAAGCGCCCGCUGGACUAUGAGGAGACCCACGCCUACGAGCUGGACGUGCAGGCCAGGGACCUAGGCGCCAACCCCAUCCCAGCGCACUGCAAGAUCCUGGUCCAAGUGCUGGACGUCAAUGACAAUGCGCCCGAUGUCCACGUCACCUGGGCGGCGCAGGCACCUGUGCUCUCAGAAGCUGUCCCCAAAGACAGCUUCGUGGCCCUAGUGACGGCCAGUGACCCUGAUUCAGGGAACAACGGGCGGGUGCAUUGCUCCCUGAGCCCUGGGGACGAGCACUUCAGGCUGAAGAGGACCAACAGCCACAGCUACCUGCUGAUGACCAGCGCCACGCUGGACAGGGAGCUGCGCGCCGAGUACAACCUGACGCUGGUGGCGCGGGACCAGGGCGAGCGCUCCUUGGCUGUGCUGAAGCACCUCACCAUCUGCAUCAGCGACGUCAAUGACAAUGCCCCCUCCUUCGAGAGGGCCGCCUACGAGAGCACUGUGAAGGAGAACAGUGAAGCGCCGACCUCCUUGCUCACUGUCCACGCCACCGACCCUGACCUGGGUUUCAAUGGGAAGAUCACCUACAGCAUCCAGGACACCUCGGUUUCAAGUCUGGUCUCCAUCGACCCCACCACCGGGGAGGUUUUUGCCCUCCAAGCUUUUGAUUACGAGCAGAUGAGCAGCCUGGAGUUCUUGGUGACCGCAGAGGAUGGCGGCCACCCCAGGCUGGCCUCCAACGUCUCUGUCCAGCUGGCUGUGCUUGACCAGAAUGACAAUGCGCCCGUUAUCACCGAGCCGGUGCUGGUGGGUGGCGUGGCCACGCUGUCCGUCCUGGUCGGCACCGAGACAGGGUGCAUCUGGGUGACCCCUGGGAACGGGAGCACCCUGGGGACAGCGGUGGCCAACGCCACGCCGGUGUCAUGCUCCGACGCUCCCCUCCUCUUCACCGUGGUGGCCAGGGAUGGAGACUCCGGUCCCAACGGGGCUCUGAGGUUUGACCUCAUGGGCGGGAACGGCGCUGGGCUCUUCGUGCUGGACCCACUCUCAGGGCAGCUCUUCCUCAACACCACCAAUGCCACCAGCCUCACCGGCACCCGGUGGGACCUAGCCAUCAGGGUGAGCGAUGGUGGGGACGAGCCCCUGCACACCGAGGCAUGGGUGCACUUGCUCUUCCGACGCCACGGGGCUUUCUCCAAAAUCUCCGCCUGGGAGCCGGGGCGGCUGAGCCCGCCCGUGGUGGCUGUCAUCUGCUUGGCCGCUCUCUUGGGUGGGUGCCUCCUCUUUUCGGCUUUAACCCUGUCCCUGCGCAGCAAGGAGAAGAAGGACGGCAUGGCCUACAACUGCAGGGUGGCGGAGGACACCCACAGGCAGCAGCAGCUGAAGAAGCCGCCCCGGCAGAUCCAGAAGGCCGACAUCCACCUGGUCCCAGCGCUGCGGGGCCGGCCCCGGGGCGCUGAGCCCCUCCAGCCCUGCCCAGAGGGCUCCCCGCAGCCUCCCAUCCACCUCACCCCCACUCUCUACAGGACCCUGAGAAACCAGAGGACCUCAAAGGACUCGGAUGAGGAGCAAGGGAUGUUCAACCUCACCAUCAUGCAGCGCCGGCCCUGCCAGCCCCACAGACCCAAAAAUGCGUCCGUGAGCCCCCCAGACGUCCUGCCACAUGGUGAAGGCUCGGAGAAGCCACUGCUGGGAGAGUCCCUGCUGUACCCACCCCAGCCAGUGGGCACCACGCCGCAGGGACCGGGGCAGCCCCCGCCCCACCAGCACAUCCUCAGGAGCCUGGUCCGGCUCUCGCUGGUGGCCCUGGCAGAGCAGAGCCCCAACGGGGAGUUCGCCAUGGAGUCGGCCCCGGUGCAGCAAAUCUCUCAGCUGCUGUCUCUGCUGCACCAGGGCCAGUUCCAGCCCAAAACAAACCACAGGGGAAACAAGUACACGGCCAAGAACGGCAGCAGGGCUGCGGGGCUGGAUGCUGACUGCCUGAGCACGAAGGACAGCGGGCAUGGCGAGAGCGAAGCCGAGGACCGCGAUUCGGAGAGCGGCUUUGACCUCUCCGUGCCGCAGCUGGUGGGAGAGGAGCUGGAGACCCUCCUGGAGCCGCAGGCAGAGCUGGCCCUCAAGAGGCUGACGGCUGCUGAUCCAGCAUGGGUGGCGCGGCUCUCCCUGCCGCUCACCGGUAGUUACAAGGACAAUGUCUUCUCCCCUGACUCUCUGCAUUCACCUCAGGACGAGGAAACUGCAAGGCAGGAGAAACCACGGACCUUUGAGACCUUUGGGAAAGGGGCUGGGUCUGACUCAAACACCGCUGGGACAAGACUGGCCAGCACUUUCCUUUCAGAAAUGAGCACCCUCUUUGAAAUGAUUCUGUCCCAGAAGGUCCAAGUCCACAAUGAAACAGGUUCAGGGCUUCUGCGGCAGCUGUCAGCACGUGGGAAGAGCCUUGGACUGGAUGACAGUGCUCCUGUUCUGUAG